AUGGAAAACGAUACUUAUCCAAUUCCUGACACUUUGAUUUCCAUAGCUCAUACAUACCAAAUCAUUCUUGGCUGUUUAACGUUCGCUCUUGUUUUACCAUUUGUUUUAAUUCCAUUUUCGCGGUUUCCAUUGGGAAGUACCGCCGCUGUGCUAGUCGGCGCUUUUUUGAUGGUUACCACCACUGUCAUCGAUCAAACUCAUGUUUAUAAAGUUAUCGGCGAUGCAAACAAUUUAAAAACGAUCUUUCUUCUUUGGGGUAUGAUGGUUAUUUCAUCGUACUUCGAACGUGAACGUUUAAUUGAUUAUCUAUUGAACAAACUUUUCCCACCUGGAUUAGCAUUUCACUGGUGGUUGCUACGAUUGAGUAUCAUCGAUUCCAUUGUCGCAGCUUUAUUUACUAAUGAUGUUGCUUGUGUGAUACUCACACCAUUGGUAUUGAAGAAAUGGAUUGAACAAGAACGAGAUAAAUAUGAAUUAGAUACGUUACUGUUGGCAAUAGCUACUCAAGCGAAUAUUGGAAGUACAUUGACGAUUUUUGGCAAUCCACAAAUGGCGUUGAUGGCAUCGAAAUCAAAUGCAUUUGUUGAUCAUCAUAGUCGAUUGGAAUUAAAAACCUGUGUUCAAUAUUUAUGGUUACCAACUUUAACUGUUUGGCUACUCAAUUUGCUCUUUCUCAUCUUCUACUAUCGUCUAAAUCGAUGUCGAUCAAAUCGAACAUCGCCUAAGCAAACAACGAGUGAAACAGCUGCUGUUCAUAUAGUAGAAGAACAAGUUCAAACGUCAGUUGUUGUUAGUCAAAGUACACCUAGAUCGACUCGGCAUACGGAAAGUUUUCGAAUGAAACGGAUGAACGAGUCAUCAGAAAGAGCGUCGAUGCGAACGUUGCGACCUUCACCGGCAAUGGUAGAUCGAUGCGUUUCAGUUGCAUCAUUUGCAACUCUAGAAGAGCUUGCCGAGGAAUAUGAAGAGUCACUAGAAUCAUCUCGCUCUCGACCUUUUAAAAUUAUUCUUUGUGCAUUACUCAUUCUCGUUAUUAUUCUAUUAUUUAUCUCAAAUGACAAAAUUUAUUUUGAUAUUGGUUUGAUACCAGUUGGAGCAGCGAUCAUACUCAUCGUUGUUGAUACUUUAAUCAAUCGCCGAUCUCCCAUUUUUAUACUGACACGAAUUGAUUGGAAUGUUCUUCUUCUCUUCUUUGGCCUUUUUGUUUGGCUCGAUGGAUUGAAUUCGACUGGUAUUCCUCAUUGGUUAUGGGUAGCACUUAAACUCGAUCGAGCAACGCUAAAAGAUCUAAAUUCUUUAUUACUUUUCUACAUAUUUAUUCUUAUUGGUAGCAAUGUUUUCUCUAAUGUACCUCUAACGUUACUUGUUCUCGAACAAGUUCCACGCACAGGUGACCAUCUCAAUUUGAUCUUGUAUCUUGCGUUUAUUACAACAAUUGCCGGUAAUUUGACUCUGUUUGGUAGUGUGGCAAAUCUCAUCGUCGCUCAAAAGGCAUUGGCAAGUCCAAUUAAAUAUCGAUUUCAAUUCUGGACUUAUUUCAAGUACGGAUUUCCAACAACGAUUCUACUCAGAAAUGAAAAGCAAAAACGAGAAGGAGAAAAAUUUGUUUUUUCAAUGUUGGCAAUGUCUUGGAGGAUCCUUCUACUUUUGAUCUGUCAUCAUCAUUGGCACACGCAAUCAAUACGUAUAAAUAGAAUUGACAAUGCACAAUUUUAUCCAAGCAAUUCCACUUCGCAAUUGAUGAUCGUUCCUAAUGUACCGUCGGUCCGUGCAUGCGCCUGUCAAUGCAAUGCGUAUUCAACUUGUUCUCUUGCAAAUUAUGAUGGUGUUUUGCAAAAAUGUUCACUUUUCUCAGCAGCUAGAUGGGAGGGAAAGUUACAGCUAAGUGCUAUAAGUCAAAAGAAUACAGUAAUCAUCUUUACUCAGGCAUAUCCUACUAACACGACGCUAUUAUACACUACGACGACAAUGCCAUUAACAACUAUGAGUGUUUCAUGUAUGCCAUCAUCUACAUGUAUUGCUACAUAUACAACGUCACCGACUACUUAUCAAAAACAAAUGUACAACUACACAGCAGUAUCUACUGGAAUUGCUCUUCUUGAGUUUGGUUUUAAGGCUAAGAAUCCAUCAUUUACUUGGCAUCUCGAUGAUGUUAGUGUUAUUGAUAUAAGCGCAUUGGGUAUUGAAAUGUUACUCAACGGAAAUUUUGAAAUGUCGUCAUUAGUUGGUUGGCAAAUAGUAUGUAGUAGUCAGAGUUGUCUUCCUAGCAAACAAAGCAGUCUCGUUCAAACUAAUUGUCACAAUAGUUCCAACUGUUACGAAGGAGCAUGUCAAGGAAAUUAUGAUUAUUUGCGUCAAUAUUUUAAUGUCACAAUCAGACAUAUCUACACUCUAAGUUUCUGGUUGUAUACCGAUGGAAACAUACAACAGGAAGCCUAUGUUAAUAUUAGUUGA